AUGACCACCUCUUACGCCGUCGUCGGAGCUUCUCGCGGGAUUGGACUCGAGUAUGUCCGCCAGCUGGCCGGACGCCCGGACACAGUCGUCUUUGCGAUUGUGCGCAACGCGAAAGGAAGCACGCACCUCGCAGCUGCGAUUGCCAAUCUCAAGAACGUACACGUCGUCGAAGCGGACAUCGUGGACCACGCGUCCCUAGAGCGUGCCGCCGAGGAAGUCGCAGCCGUCACCGGGGGCAAGCUGGACUUCCUGAUCCACAACGCCGCACGUAUGUCCGGGGACACCGUAUUCUUCGGCUUCGACCACUACCCGAGCAUGGACGCCCUCGACGCGGACUUCAUCGAAGCGUUCAAGAUCAACGCACUCGGCGUCGUGCACAGCGUCACGGCCUUCCUCCCGCUCCUGCGCGCGGCGCCCACGAAGAAGAUCAUCGUGAUUAGCACGCACGGCGCGGUGCCCGCGGUGGUCUACAGCGCGGACAUCGCGGACAUGUGCGCGUACGGGACGACGAAGGCCGCGGGCGCGCUCGCGACGGCGAAGUGGGCGCUGCAGCUCAAGGGCGAGGGCUUCACGGUCGUGUCGCUCACGCCCGGGCUUGUGGACACGACGGACACGAUCGGGCCAUCUGGGGACGCGGAGGGGAAGGAGAUGCUGCGGAAGAUCGCGGAGGGGACGACGGCGUUCGUGCUGGAGACCCCGGAGCAGUCUGUGCGUGCGCAGCUGCAGGUCAUCGACCGGCUCACCCCUGCGGACAAUGGCGCGUUCCUCGAUCACCACGGGGCGAAGUGAGCGCGCUUCCAAGUUCGCGCUCGACGCGGAAGUGAGUUCCUCGGACAGGCUUGCUGGCGUCACUUGCGGGUGUAGGUGCUGCUACGCACGCCCAUUCAUAGCCUUCCACACAAUGCGAUAGCUUUUU